ACUGGACUCGGAGGCUAGAGGUAGUGCGCCGGGGCCAGGGCGGCACGGUGGCCCGGCGCCCCUCCUCCGAGUGCUCCUCCGGAAUGAGGCUUCGGCGCCCGCGCGGGACGACCCGGUUCCUCCUCCGCGCGAAUCCUAGGAGAGGCCGGAGCCGCCGCGAUGCCGGGGAAGCUGAAGGUGAAAAUCGUGGCCGGUCGCCAUUUGCCGGUGAUGGACCGCGCCAGCGACCUGACGGAUGCCUUCGUGGAGGUAAAAUUUGGUAAUACAACCUUUAAGACAGAUGUGUACCUCAAGUCACUCAAUCCUCAGUGGAACUCGGAGUGGUUUAAAUUUGAGGUGGAUGAUGAAGAUUUACAAGAUGAACCUCUGCAGAUCACAGUUCUUGACCACGAUACUUACAGUGCAAACGAUGCUAUUGGCAAGGUGUACAUUGACAUCGAUCCUUUGCUCUAUAGUGAAGCUGCGACCGUCAUCUCAGGGUGGUUCCCAAUUUAUGACACCAUCCAUGGUAUCCGUGGAGAAAUCAAUGUGGUUGUCAAAGUAGACCUCUUCAAUGAUUUAAACAGAUUUAGACAGUCAUCAUGUGGAGUCAAAUUCUUUUGCACAACAUCUAUUCCAAAGUGCUACAGAGCUGUGGUGAUCCAUGGAUUUGUAGAAGAACUUGUGGUCAAUGAAGACCCUGAAUAUCAAUGGAUUGAUCGUAUUCGCACACCAAGGGCAUCAAAUGAGGCCAGACAGAGACUUAUUUCUUUAAUGUCAGGUGAAUUACAGAGAAAGAUUGGCUUGAAAGUACUUGAGAUGAGAGGAAAUGCAGUUGUUGGGUACUUGCAGUGUUUUGAUCUGGAAGGCGAGUCUGGAUUAGUGGUACGAGCCAUAGGAACAGCGUGUACUCUGGAUAAAUUAAGUAGCCCAGCAGCAUUCCUUCCUGCAUGUAAUUCCCCAUCCAAAGAAAUGAAGGAGAUUCCCUUCAAUGAAGAUCCCAAUCCCAAUCCUCACUCAUCAGGACCCUCAACCCCUCUGAAAAACCAAACUUAUUCCUUUUCACCUUCCAAGUCCUACAGUCGACAGUCCUCUUCUUCUGACACAGACUUGAGUUUGACACCCAAGACUGCACCUUACCCACAGGGGCCUGGGAUCUACCUGUGCCCCAGCUCCACCCCCCUCUCUUGUGGUUCCCUUCACCUUAAGUCCCGCCUCCUCUCGGAAUCUAGCCUUACCCCUCAUCACUCUAGCCUUGUCAGCCCCGUUCUGAGGAAAAGUGUUUCUUUCAGUGAAGAGCUGUUCCUGGCUGCUUCUGGAAUGGGCAGUGGUAGUGCUGGAAAAGAAGGGGGGCCCUUUAAAGCGCUUCUGCGACAACAGACGCAGUCGGCGUUGGAACAGCGGGGAGGAUCGCCUCAUAGGUUCUGUAGAAGGCGGGAAUUCCCCUUCCUCACCUUGACGGCCUUUCCUCCUGGACUCCUCGUGCAUGUCGGUGGUGUGGUUAGUGCACGCUCUGUGAAGCUUUUAGAUCGGAUCCACAAUCCUGCCUUUGUCGGAAUUAUGGGUAACACAAGAUCUUACAAACUGCUAGACUGGAAUAGUUUCAAUUCAGAUGAACCAGAAACUCGAGAUGCAUGGUGGGCAGAAAUCAGACAAGAGAUAAAGUCACAUGCUAAAGCCUUAGGCUGCCAUGCUGUAGUGGGCUACAGCGAGUCAACUAGCAUCUGUGAAGAAGUCUGUAUUUUAUCGGCAUCUGGCACGGCAGCUGUACUGAACCCACGGUUUCUGCAGGAAGGCACUGUGGAGGGCUCUUUGGAUCAGAGGAUUGAAGAAAAUUUGCCUGUGGGCUGUGGAUUCUGCCAUAUACCGUAUGAUGAACUAAACAUGCCGUUUCCAGCUCAUCUCACAUAUUGUUACAACUGUAGGAAACAAAAAGUCCCUGAUGUUCUCUUUACAACAAUAGACCUGCCCACUGAUGCAGUCGUUGUUGGAAAAGGUUGUCUUAUUCAGGCAAGGUUGUGUCGCUUAAAAAAGAAAGCCCAGGCAGAAGCCAAUGCUACAGCUAUCAGUAAUCUCCUGCCAUUUAUGGAGUAUGAAGUCCACACUCAGUUGAUGAACAAGCUUAAACUCAAAGGAAUGAAUGCUUUGUUUGGACUAAGAAUUCAGAUCACAGUGGGUGAAAACAUGUUGAUGGGCUUAGCGUCGGCCACAGGGGUCUACUUAGCAGCUUUACCAACACCCGGUGGUAUCCAGAUUGCUGGGAAGACCCCUAAUGACGGCUCCUAUGAGCAGCACAUCUCCCACAUGCAGAAGAAAAUAAAUGACACGAUUGCCAGAAACAAAGAACUGUAUGAAAUCAAUCCUCCGGAGGUACCUGAAGAGAUUCUAGGGUCACCCAUCCCAGAACCUAGACAGCGCUCAAGACUUUUAAGAUCGCAGUCAGAAAGUUCUGAUGAAGUUACAGAAUUAGACCUUUCACAUGGGAAAAAAGAUGCAUUUGUUUUAGAGGUAAGACUGCAUUGGAAUAAUGUCCUAAGAGUUAAAAUGCGACAGAACGAGGGACUACAUCGGACGGAGAAGCGGUCUAGUGUGGAACUCCAAAAGAAUGAGGCAACAGGUAACGACAGAGAAAUCCGGGUGAAGCGUGCAAUGAUCUUCGCAGGAACAUUUAACAGCCCCUGUCUGAAAAUAUCAGAGGAACAAGGGCUUCAUGCGUCUCGUCGAGCACCAAUUAACCAGUCGGAGGAAGCGACCAGAUAUCCUCAUACAGUUGAGCGGUUCUACAGGCGCGAGCCUAUGAGUCGGAUGUUUAUAGAUCUCGGCUUCUACCUCCUCUCAUCUUUCAUGGAAGCACGAGAGGUCAAGAUUAAUAGCAGCAGCGGUGUGCUGGUCCUUCUCUUAACCCUGGAAACUUGUGGAGUGCAGAAGCAGCUGAAUAAAUCUCUGAGCGAAGUUCACAGGACAGCCAAGGCGCCCUACUACAGCGGACACAACUCGUUUGCUAACAUGAUCAUGCUGUGCUAUGUAGAUCUGGCUGAUCUGGCUAAUGCUGUUCGUAUUGUCUUACUAGAACACCUGGAGAGUGCGAGUUCUAACUCAGGUACACCAGCUGCACAGAGAGCAACGUCAGUUGAUUACAGUUCCUUUGCAGACAGAUGCAGCAGCUGGAUAGAGCUCAUUAAACUGAAAGCUCAGACCAUAAGGCGCGGAUCAAUUAAGACAACUGUGACGGUUGAGAAAGCAAGUCCCAUGGGUGAUGGAAAUUUCCGGAAUCGCUCUGCUCCACCUUGUGCAAGUUCCACAGUCGGGGUUGUUAAGAUGACACCUCUUUCUUUCAUUCCUGGAGCAAAGAUAACAAAAUAUCUCGGCAUCAUUAACAUGUUUUUUAUUAGAGAAACUACUUCUCUCCGUGAGGAAGGAGGAGUCAGUGGUUUCCUCCAUGCUUUCAUUGCUGAAGUGUUUGCCAUGGUAAGAGCUCACGUUGCUGCACUGGGAGGGAAUGCUGUUGUUUCCUACAUUAUGAAGCAGUGUGUCUUCAUGGAGAAUCCCAGUAAGAACCAGGCGCAGUGUCUCAUCAACGUCAGUGGUGAUGCGGUGGUUUUUGUUCGUGAAUCUGACUUAGAGGUCAUGUCAACUCAGCAGCCAGCUGUCAACUGCCAGCCGUCCUGUACUGGAGAAGUUACAACCUGAAGACAAAAGGAGCUCAGCUGACUGAAAUUCAUCUGUCUCCAUUGUUUGUCGUCAUCUUCACAGACCAAAAACCUCAGCCUGGGGUAGAUGACUAAGGAGGAAUGAGUAUGAGUUGGUUUGGUUUGUGUGGACGUCAUGGAGACUUAAGAAUUUCUGAUCUUGACACUUCAUUUGCCCUGUUUACACAGAUAGACCCCAUGGAAUCUAGCACCUUCAGUUAUGGGAGUUAUUUGUAAUUUAUGUUGAUUUUAAUAAAUUAUAAUUAAAAAUGAAAUGAGAAGAUUGUUAAGAGGCUGCGAUAAGUAGCUUCUGUAACUUAGAAAACUAAGCAGGAAUCCAGAUUGCUAAUGAGUCCAUAGUUGAUUUGAGAAAUGGAGGAAACUACUGUGUAUUUUCAGAAAAUUGCUCUGUGGGUUUCUCAGUACCUUUUGCUUGAAAUGAGGAAUUUGUUAGCUGGACAGGUAAUGUACUUCAGCCAUAUUUUAAAAGGAAACUUCUACAGAGUGCAUCUGCAGUCUUGUCUGAUGCUCGAAGGAGCUUCCUGGGGAAGCUUCCAUAUCAAGGAGUGGGGAGACACCUCUCAUGACUGGGUGUCCACAUCAAGGAGUAGGGAGACACCUCAUGACUGGGUGUCCACAUCAAGGA